AUGGAACACUCACGUGAUCGGGCUGCUGGUGGAUCUAUAAAUAGUCCUCCAUGGUUCGAAGGUGGAUGUGAAAAAUACACUCAGUGGAAGAUUUACAUGAAGUCAUACCUUUAUGCUCAAGAUGAACAUGUGUGGAAUAUUGUAGAAAAUGGCUGGACUAUACCUAUGAUAAAAGCAAAAGGAGAAAGCUCUUCCACUGCCACUCCUAAACCAAGGAAAGACUGGACUGAGGAAGAAGUUCGGGAUCUGCAAGCAGACUUCAAGGCUAAGAACAGCAUUUUCACAGCCUUAUCUGAACGGGAAAAGCUGAGGAUCAGUCACUGUGAUACUGCCAAACAAGCAUGGGAUCUUCUACAAACUACAUAUGAAGGAAACAAGAAGGUACGCGCUCAGAAAUUACAAGCACUGAUUUUUGAAUUCGAAACUAUGACUAUGGGAGAUGAUGAAACCAUUGAUGAUUUCCACGGUAGAAUUCUUAAAAUCUCUGGUCAGUGUCGUAGUCUGGGAGCACCAUUUGAUGAAGAUAAGAUUGUCAAAAAGAUUCUUAGGGCUCUGCCAGAAAAAUUUCACUCAAAAGUCACUAGCAUAGAGGACUCAUUUGAUAUUGAUGUGUACCCACUUGAUGAGCUCAUCGGCAAUCUCAAAACCUAUGAGAUGAGGCUAAAACCUGAGAAGAAGAAUAAAGGCGUAGCCUUCAAGGCAGUAAAAGGGGCGGAAGAGGAAGAAGAAACACUAGAUCUUGCCUUACUCACAAAGGAGUUCAAAAGAUUUCUAAAAACCAAGAACUCCUCUAGAAACCCUAAUGCUCCUAAGAAAAACACCUAUGGGGGAAGCAGCAGUAAUGAUUACAAUAGCAAGAGUGGAAAAGGAAGCUUCAAGGGAAAUCACUCUGGAAAACCUAAAUGCUAUGAGUGUGAAGUGGAAAAUCUGGCACUUGUAUCGUCACUUCUACCUGAUUCCGACAGUGAUGAGACAUUCUCUGAUGAUGAAACAAAUAUCCGCUGCAAGCAACUCUACAAAGCUUCAAAGGCCACAUUACUCAGAAACUUGAGCUUAGAAAAGGAAGUUGAAUUUCUAAGAACAGAAAAAGAAAAAAUGGAGCAUAUGUUGGAGACUUCACAAUCCACAUGGGAACAGGGAAGAAGGAACCCAGUUGCUGAGAUGUCUAUCCCAUCCAGUGAUCAGAACUCAUCAAGUUGGAAGGCUGAAAAAGGUGAACUUCUGAACAAAAUAAAAAUGCUGGAACUGGAUGUGAGGGGACAACAAGUCCUAAACCUGGAGUUAUUGGCUAAAACUGAGUCUCUACAAGACGAGUUAAAAUUAACUCAAGAAAGAUUCAUUAAGUUCGAUAUCAGCUCCUCUUCCAUGUCCAAGUUGCUCGGAUCAGGAAAAGCUCCUCAUGAUACAUGUGGGCUAGGAUACACUGGAGAAACUUCCAAAAUCACCAAGUUUGUACGAGCCUCAAAAUCAUCUGUAGAGCAGAAAGAUGUCUCCAUUGAUGAUCAUGUCAAAAGUAUAAAGGAAGGAAAUUCAAACCAACAACAUCAGGUAAAACUUGACCAAAAAUUCCCCACUGGUCAACACAGGUACGCAAACCCUAGAAUCUUUAUCCCUACUUGUCAUCACUGUGGUAAGAUUGGCCAUAUCAGACCUAGAUGUAAUGAACGGUUUUCAAACUUAAAAUUUUCUCAAGAAAAAUGUACUGUUGAAACCCUACAGGUGGAGCUUAAAGAACAAAAGGAACUCAUUAACAAAUUAACUGAAAUUGUCUCUAAGAAGAAUCCUCAAACUGAAAGAAGAAAAGAUGUCUGGACCAGAAAAAUUGAAAGCAAAAAUCAUAGUUCCAUUGUUAAUAAAACUGAUGAUACAUGUCUCUUUGCUUGUGCUAGCCAAACUCAUCAACGCUCUCACAUUGAGGCAACUUGUUUAGUUGCUUUAACUGCAUUAGCUGACAAGCGACGAGAUUUUUGGUAUGUUGACAGCGGUUGUUCAAGACACAUGACCGGAGACAAAACAUGGUUUACCUCAUUUGAGGAUGAAAAUACCUCAGGAUCAGUUACGUUUGGAGAUGGGAGGAAAGCUAACAUUCUAGCUCGAGGUACGGUAAACACUCCAGGUAUACCUAACCUUAAAAAUGUGUUAUUUGUUGAAGGAUUAACUGCAAAUCUGAUCAGCGUCAGCCAUUUGGCUGAUGACUAUGAAGAUGUGUGGUUUAACAAACAGAGAUGUUUGGUUCUAAAUCAGAAAGGAGAAGGUGUCAUGGGAGGUAAGAGAUCCGUCGAUAACUGUUAUCAUAUUCAAGCUAAUGAAUCUUCCUGUGUGCAGUCUUGUUUGUCUGUUAAAUCCACAGAGGAAACCCUUGAACUUUGGCACAGAAAGAUGGGACAUGUCAACUAUCAGGAUUUGCUGAAGUUAUCUACCAAACAAUGUGUCCGAGGCUUGCCAAAUUUAAAAGGUAAAACCGACAAGAUGUGUGGAGACUGCAAGGUGGGAAAACAAACUAAGGCACCUCACAGAGUGGUAAAUUCUGCAACAACCACACAAGUAUUGGAGCUAUUACACAUGGAUCUCAUGGGACCAGCUCAACCUGAAAGUUUUGGAGGUAAGAGUUAUAUACUAGUGGUUGUGGAUGAUUUCUCAAGAUAUAUCUGGGUAAAUUUCUUAAAAGACAAAACUGAAACGUUUGAGUCUUUUAAAAGCUUAAGUCAAAAAUUAAUCAUUGAGAAACAGUCUUCAAACAAAUGCUUAGUGAGAAUAAGAUCAGAUAAUGGAACUGAAUUUAAAAAUGCCUCUUUUUCUAACUACUGUCGUGAGCUUGGUGUAUCACAUGAGUUCUCAUCUCCAAUCACUCCUCAACAAAAUGGGAUAGUGGAAAGGAAAAAUAGGGUAUUGCUAGACAUGGCUCGAGUAAUGCUACAUGCUGCAGGUUUAAGCACAAACUUUUGGGCUGAGGCGAUCAGCACUGCUUGCUAUACAAUAAAUAGAGUACUCCUCAGACCAGGUACUGAGCAAACUGCUUAUGAGCUGUGGAAAGGUAAGAAGCCAAAUGUUGGACACUUUCAUGUUUUUGGCAGUCCUUGCUACAUUCUACGAGAUAGAGAGCACCUUGGUAAGUUUGAUGCUAGAAGUGAUGAUGGUGUGUUCUUGGGAUAUUCUCUGACUAGUAGAGCGUAUAGGGUUUACAAUAAAAGAACUCGUGUUGUCAUGGAAUCCAUUAAUGUUUCUAUUAAUGAUCAAUGUAUGAAACAGGAAGAAACAUUUGCAGAUAUCUCACCCUUCUCGAUCACACCAUCACAGAAUACUGAAACAUCAUCUGAGGAAGAGGAAGAGGAAAUAUAUGACAAUAUCUUUGAACCAGCUCCCACCCAAAGAAGAGGGUUCAAGCAAGUCCAAAAGGAUCACUCCACUCAUGAUAUCAUCGGUAAUCUAACUGAUUGA